UGCUCAGAAUGCAGUGCCUCUGACACUUCUCUGAGAGAACUCAGUGUCUGAGACACACUUGGGAAGGGAGAAGGAGACACCCAGUGACUACAGCAGCCCAGCGGCUUCUGUUGCUUCCUACUGAGAAGCCGGACACCCUGGGCCCGGAGCUCUCCUAACGACCACCCUGCGGAAUUCCAGGGACUCGCCUGUGGUGUUACCAUCUCCGAUGGGUCAGGCUUGAGACAAGAAGCUUGCUUGCUGGAAGCCACAGAGGUGCACCCGACACCUGCUGGUACCCAAAGGAGACCUGACGCGGGGACUGCAGCCAUUCUAGGCUGCCGGGUUUGAACGUUUCAUACUUUGUGUCAGCUUUUGGACCCAGCUGCAUGCACACGAAGAUAAAACAGAAGGCUGCGGCUCUUGAGGAGCUCAUACUCUCAGGACGUGUCCUUUGGCGAGGGAACACGCAGACGGAGGUGGAGGGAGGACCCAGGACAAUGGCUGUGGCUCAUGACGUGGAGAUGGAGAGCGUGAAUCUCAGCAUGGAGAGAGAGAGAAAAGAAGAGCUGGAGGAAGAGAAGCUGGGAGAGUACGGGGAUGGCAACUAUCCUCCCAACAGCAAAAAGGUCCACAGGAUCGUCUCGAAGUGGAUGCUUCCGGAACCGGCCCGGAGAACAUACCUGGAGAGGGCGAACUGCCUGCCCCCGCCUGUGUUCAUCAUCUCCGUCAGCCUGGCCGAGCUGGCAGUGUUUAUUUACUAUGCCGUAUGGAAGCCCCAGAAACAGUGGAUCACCUUGGACACAGGCAUCCUGGCCAGUCCCUUUACCUACCGUCCUGACAAGAGAGAGGAAGCCUGGAGGUUCGUCUCGUACAUGCUGGUGCAUGCUGGAGUGCAGCACAUCGUGGGGAAUCUCUUCAUGCAGCUUGUGCUGGGAAUUCCCCUGGAAAUGGUCCACAAAGGCCUCCGCGUGGGGCUGGUGUACCUGGCAGGAGUGAUUGCAGGUUCCCUUGCCAGUUCUAUUUUUGACCCACUCAAAUAUCUGGUGGGUGCUUCAGGAGGAGUCUAUGCCCUGAUGGGAGGCUAUUUCAUGAAUGUUCUAGUGAAUUUUCGAGAAAUGAUUCCUGCCUUUGGGAUUGUCAGACUCCUGGUCAUCGUCCUCAUAAUUGCGUCAGACAUGGGAUUCGCUCUCUACAGAAGGUUCUUUGUCCCUGAAAAUGGGUCUCCGGUGUCAUUUGCAGCUCACAUUGCAGGUGGAUUUGCUGGAAUGUCUAUAGGUUACACUGUGUUUAGCUGCUUUGAUAAGGCACUGCUAAAAGAUCCACGGUUUUGGAUAGCAAUUGCUGCUUAUUUAGCUUUUGUUUUAUUUGCGGUGUUUUUCAACCUUUUCCUGUCUCCGGCAAAUUGACUUGCCCAUUUUUAAUAUAAGCCAACUGAUAACAAGAGCUAACUGGCAGGGAAAUGGGGAACUGAAGCAACAGAAAAGUGCCAGCAAGUGGCAGCAGCUGUUGAAAGAGGACAAAACACCACUCAGCUCACAUGUGGCAAGGACUGCUCACGAAAGGGCAGAAGACUUGCGGAGGUGAAUUCUGAAGGCAAAGAGAAGGAAGAGGAAGAAAAAAAGCAACACAGGAGAAACCAGAGACACACCUUUCCCAGGCAUAUGGUAGGCAUGUGUGUGUCUUGUAAGAGACUUGUUCUCCUCGGAGGACAUACUUUGGAGAUUAUUUGAUAGACUCUGUCACUGUACUAUGCAGAGAAUAAAGAUGUUUCAAAUCUG